UUGACCCGGAGGUACAAACACACACUUCUCAAUGUGACUUACCCUGGCUAUCGUUGUUAUGCUCUAACACUGUUUAUUGAUUGUAGUUUAAAGUCUACAAAAUGUUUCUCACCACCGUCAAUCUGGCCAAGGCUAAAUCAAAGACCAUCCUGGUUCAGAUGGUGAGCGCUGCAGGGACAGGCUUCUUCUUCAACACUAAGAGGAACCGGCUCAGAGAAAAACUGGUGCUGCGUAAACAUGAUCCAUUUGUGAACAAGCACGUCCUGUUCUUUGAGAAGAGGAAAAUCAAAUCAAUUUAAUAAUGCACCCAAGUACACGGACAGUGUAAACCUGCUGGGUUCAAACAGACUGUUUUUUGUUUUUUUUACCAUCAUGGACUAUACAAAAGUGUGUCGUCAGUCUGGACUGACACGUUUUCUGAGGAUUUUCUUCCUGGAUGUGUCCAAAGGCUCCUACUCUCUGUACUUCACGACUUCAGCAUGAAGCAGACCUGGAGCGAUCUUUAACAAAGUCAUCAUCAUCACCAGCUUUAAAUAAGACACGACUCCUGUUGUCAUAAGAGAAGCUGUUUUUUAGGACACCACAGCUGACUGGAUCUAAAGAUGUUAAGUUAUGAAGUAACUAAAGGUGCAGUGAAGUGUUGUUCUUGUUUCCUGUAAUUAAACCAUUUGAGGAAUAUGA